GAUAAGGAAGAGACCGUGUGUGAGAUUUUAUUCUCCCCUCAAGUGAAGCGGGGAAUGGUGAGAAGUUUGGCGGCCGAAGUGAUUCUUGAGGCGAUUGCCGAUCAAGAUAUUGCCAGAUUCGUGGCGGGGAAGGUAAGAGUGGUGGAGAAGAAGAGGACCACAGUCGGUAUGGUUAUUCACAAUCACCGGAAGAUCGCCGAGUGUGCUGCAGCGGAAUGUAAGUGUGACCGACUUCAACUACCCAGGAAAGAUGGGCAUGUCAAGGUGCGUUUGAAUGGUGUAGAAGAAGUGCCCAGCUUUAUUUGGAAUUCGAAGAACGUGACGAGGGGGAGUAACAUAUCUACGGAGCUCCUAAGGGCAUGUAUCAUGGAAGGGGUCAAAGGGUGGACGAAAGGAAAGAAGCUACAAGUGUCGCUGGAAAAUAUCCAUUGCUGUUUUGAGAGGAACGAUGGAGGGAGAAGUGUUGCUAUGUCUACAGCAGAAGUAAGGAUGUACUUUCGGAGAUUUGAUGGCUUAGUAGCGGUUCCGAUCGACCGGAACCCGGGAGCCGCGUUAGUUAUCUGUCCGAUACUAUACUCUCGCGCUUGUUUGGAGACAUUCAAUCUGAGUGGCAGUUUCCGGAUUAUGCAGGACUCUUCAACUUUCGUGUUGACGGAAAUGAAGAAGGAGUAUGUUCACCGAGGGCUGGACAAGAUUGCAAGAUGGCAGACGGGUGGGAAGAUCGGACAAGCGUACGUAUUACCCAAAGACAAGGAUCUGACUAGGUGGAGGCCGAUAUCACCGUGCACCUCGGAUCCGACGAGAUUGGCAGGCGCCAGGACAGGCAGAGCAAUUAGAUACAUGUUGUUUGGUAUUCCAGGAGCGGAGCACUUCGACCUCAGAUCAACAGAUAGUUUGGGAGAACAGACCAAGAAGUUUCAGCGGGACUUAAGCACGAAGGGAGACUGUGUUAUCACCCGUAGCUACGACAUUAAAGACAUGUUCGCCAGACUGUCACAUGAGAGUGUGAUCGAGUCCGUGGAGUGGUUGAUGGACUAUCAUAAGCAGAAGGGGUUGAAGGGGGUACGGGUAAGCACAAGGGGUAAGAUGUGUUCCAUGAUCAGGAAGGUGAGGAAAGAAGAGGGAUUCAUCAGCUUGUCGUUCGAUGACCUCAAGAGGGAGGUCUCGUUUGAGCUGGCUCACUCGUUCGUACGAUGCGCAGGCGAGGUGAUGUUGCAGGAAUUUGGGAUCCCGAUGGGGAGAAGUUCCAGUCCUGCGUUGGCAUGUACUGUGUGCGCGAGGGCGGAGUACGGGUUUCUGAAUCGUAUGAAGAACACUGGUGCGGUGAUUAGGGGACUGAGGAUGAUCGAUGACGUUGCGAUUCUGAUUGGCUGCAGGACGGACAGGCCGGAUUCCAUGGGGAGAGCAAGAAGAAUAUUGGAUGAGUUCGAACAGUGUUAUGACAAGAACAUCAAGUUGGUACGAAAAGACGAGGGAGGCAAUAUGUUGGAUUUCUUGGGGACUCGCAUCUUCGCUGAUAUAGAGCCGGUAAGGAUUAGCGUGCACCCUCGAACAAGGAAUCAGGAAAGCCUUCUCAGAGAAGGAGUGCUGAGGGUCCAAUCAAUGCAGGAUUAUGCUUCUUUCUCCAGGAAGGCAGCAAAAAAAGCAGUUUUGUAUGCCACAUUGGUUCGUAUGAAGCGGUUAUCAAAUUCAAAGGAGGCACUGAAGGCCUCGAUUGCGGCUUUGAUGAUCGAGGUCAACCUCCGGGGAUACCCCCCGGAGGUCUCUCUCGGAGCUCUGGCUAGGUUCGCCAGGGUGUCUGGUGGUCCGUGGGGAGUUUCUCUCUCCACAGAGUACCCCGGACUCCGCAGAUAUAUGGGCCCGAGGGACUUGUAAAUUAGUAAGCAGCAGGAGCACCCAGAUGAGUGAAGGGGGCCGUGUAGGUAGGAUGGUACUUGAUAUAUGAGUAAGGGAAGAGUUGUGUUAAUCUCAGAGUUUCGGAAAGAAAGAAAAAAAGGGGAAAGGAAGGGUGUACAUGUGCAUUUCAGUUUAAGGGUCUGUUCUUUGAAAGGGAAAAUUUUGGUGUUUUUCGGAAAAUUUUGUAAUUGUGCCCAAGUUAUGCAGUCUGUUUCUGAGUCUGGAACGAAGGAUCUAUUUUCCAGAAAUAGGACCGGCAGGAGUAGGAGAAAAUGGGACUGGGUCCUGCGCAAAAUCUGAAGU